AAAAACUGAAGAGGACCGAAGACGACGACGAAGAAGAAGAAGAAGAAGAGAUAGAUUAGCUGGAUCAUGUCAGAAGAAGACGCUGAUUCGCACUGGUGUUUGUUAGUAUUGUCCUUGUUACUGCUCGCAGGUCAGAUAGUAGGAGCAAGCUCUUUACAGAGUGAUAAAGAAGUCUUGCUGGAACUGAAGACAUUUCUUAAAGCUAACAAUCCAUUCAACAGAGGUCGAUACAUGGAAUGGAACAACAAUUCUUCUCCUUGCGAUUGGCCUGGAAUCUUUUGCAGUGUCAAUGAACGGGUCACCAGAAUCAAUCUUUCCGACUACAAUAUCUCAGGCAAGAUGUUUGGAAAUUUCUCUUGUGUAACUGAGCUUUCAGAACUGGAUCUUUCCAAGAACACGAUUGAAGGACCCAUACCUGAUGAUUUUAACCGAUGUAAGAAUCUUAGAUAUCUCAAUCUCUCUCAUAAUAUCCUCGAAGGAGAGCUCAACCUCACUGGAUUAAUCAACUUAUAUACACUUGAUCUCACUGUUAAUCGAUUUCACGGUGGAAUUCGAUUGAAUUUCCCGGCGCUCUGCAACAAUUUGGUUACUCUAAACAUAUCGUUAAACAAUUUCACCGGCACGAUUGAUGAUUGCUUUAAUGAAUGCUGGAAGUUGCAACAUCUUGACCUCAGUGCCAACAAUUUCAGUGGUCAGAUAUGGUCGGGGUUUCAAAGGUUACGAGAGUUUUCGGUGGCGGAGAACAAACUAGCCGGAGAAAUAUCUCCGUCCAUCUUCACUGAGAAUUGUACUCUGGAACUUCUGGAUUUUUCAGAAAAUUACUUCAACGGAUCAAUUCCAAAAGAGGUUUCGAAUUGCAAAAAUUUGUAUUUUCUAAACCUGGGGGAUAACAAUUUCACCGGUUCUACUCCUUCGGAGAUUGGUUCGCUACCUAAUCUUGUAACCCUGUUAUUAGGGAAGAACAGGUUAUCAAGAGAAAUUCCAGAAUCAUUUCUGAACUUGACUCAAUUAGCAUUUCUGGAUUACAGUUGGAACAGUUUUGGUGGAGAUGUUCAGGAAAUCUUCGGGAAAUUCCAACAAUUGCAGUAUCUUGUAUUACAUGGGAAUUACUAUACAGGAGGAUUAACUACUUCAGGGAUCUUCAAGUUGCCGAAUCUCCUUCGAUUAGACCUCAGCAUCAACAACUUCACCGGUUCAUUACCAGUUGAACUCUCGGAAAUGCCGCGUUUGAAGUACUUGUUCCUCGCCUACAAUCAAUUCAAUGGUUGCAUUCCACAAGAAUUUGGGAACUUCUCUGCCAUCCAAGCACUCGAUAUCUCCUACAAUAGAUUGAUCGGAAAUAUACCUCCGACGAUUGGAAAACUGAGUUCUCUGUUAUGGUUAAUGCUUGCAAAUAAUUCGCUUACAGGGGAGAUACCUCAUGACAUUGGGAACUGCAGCAGUCUAUUAUGGUUAAACCUCGCAAACAAUACAUUAUCAGGAACAAUUCCUGCUGAGAUAUCGAAUAUUGCCCAAAAUCCUACCCCAACAUUUGAGUCGAAUCGACAUGGCAGUCGAGUCCCUGCCGGUUCCGGCGAGUGUUUGACAAUGAAGCGGUGGAUACCAACGAACUACCCACCUUUCAAUUUUGUGUAUUCUCUGCUUACUAGGAAGAGUUGCAGAAGGAUUUGGGAUUCGUUACUCAAAGGGUAUCCAAUCUUCCCAGUCUGUGCCACUGGUUCAAUGGUCAGAACUCUACAAAUCACCGGUUAUCUCCAGCUUACCGGAAACCAGUUCUCGGGAAAGCUACCCCCAGAAAUCGGCAAGUUACACAAUUUUACUCUCGUUCAUAUUGGAUUCAACAAUUUUUCUGGAGAGCUCCCACCUGAGAUUGCAAAUAUGCCGCUCACGGUCCUAGACGUUUCUCACAAUGGGUUCUCUGGUAAAAUUCCUUCAGAACUCGGGAACGCCAUCUGCUUGCAGAACCUGGAUUUGUCUCACAACAAUUUCUCCGGCGAUUUCCCUUCAAGCUUGAACAAUUUGACUGAACUGAGCAAAUUUAAUGUCUCCUACAAUCCACUCAUAACCGGUGUAGUUCCAUCGACUGGACAAUUGGCCACGUUCGAGGAAGAUUCAUUCCUCGGAGAUCCUCUGUUAAAUCUUCCGAAUUUCAUGAACCACAGCAAUAGAAAUUCCCCACCACCGUCAAUCAGGAAACCCAAAGAAAAUCGAAAGAAAACAAGGAUGAUAGCUUUUCUGGUGUUCUUAGUUCUCACCUCCAGUUUCCUCGUAGGUGGAGUUAUGUCUAUCAUCUUCUGUAUCGUCUUCAAGACUCCAGCAGACCCACCCUUGGCGUCUCUGUCAGAGGACUCAAAGGAAUGCCACAUGGUGAUUAGCUCCGGUGGAUUAUCAUCGGAAAUAACAGAUUACGUCAAGGUCAUCCACUUGGACAAAACGGCAUUCACUUACGCCGAUGUCAAGACGGCCACCGGAAACUUCUCGGCCGAAACAAUUAUCGGCACCGGAGGAUUCGGCACUGUUUACCGUGGCGUAUUACCCGACGGAAGAGACGUAGCUGUGAAGAAGCUUCAGAGAGAAGGCUUCGAAGGGGAGAAAGAGUUCAAGGCCGAAAUGGAGGUUUUGAGUUGCAGCGGCAUCGGGUGGCCGCACCCGAAUCUCGUAACGCUUUACGGUUGGUGUCUUCAUGGGAAGGAGAAGCUUCUAGUGUAUGAGUACAUGGAAGGUGGGAGCUUGGAAGUCCUUCUGCCAGAUCGGACGAAGCUGACUUGGCAAAUGCGAUUGGAGGUAGCUACCGACGUGGCACGGGCGUUGGUUUACCUACACCACGAGUGCUUCCCUGCUAUCGUGCACAGGGAUGUGAAGGCUAGUAAUGUGUUGCUGGACAAGGGAGGGAGGGCACGUGUGACAGAUUUUGGGCUGGCUAGGGUAGUGGAUGCCGGAGAGAGCCACGUCAGCACGAUGGUUGCAGGGACGGUUGGGUAUGUGGCACCAGAGUAUGGGCAUACGUGGCAUGCGACAACGAAGGGUGACGUGUAUAGCUUUGGUGUGUUGGCAAUGGAGUUGGCAACAGGGAGGAGAGCACUUGAUGGAGGGGAGGAGUGUUUAGUGGAAUGGGCCAGAAGGGUUAUUGGGGAUGGAAGGCAUAGGCAUGGGCUGGGCUGGGCUGUGGUUCCGGUUGUACUUCUGGGCUCUGGGCUUGCUGAGGGGGCAGAGGAGAUGUGUGAGUUGCUACGGGUCGGCUUGCGGUGCACCGCAGAGGCCCCACGGGCUAGACCAAAUAUGAAGGAAGUUCUGGGAAUGUUGGUGAAGGUUGCCAAGAAAGAAAGUGAUUAUGGUAAUGAAUCUGCUUCACCAUCCAAAAAUGUGAAGGUUCAAACCUUGAAAUUGUCCAUAGAUUCAUGAUGAGUAAAUUUUCAUUUAAUUU